UUAACGCAUAGCACCGCAAGAGCGCGCCUUACUCAGUGAAAAAAAUGGUAGUUAUUUGGGUGUAGUCGGGCGAUUUUCUGCAACACAAAUGUGAGUACCGGCUGACUAAGGAAUUACGAGUGCUGUUUGUCAGUGCGUCGCAAAGCUAAUAUGACCGGGUCUAUAUCGGAGGUAAUGGAACUCUCGAUAACUGAGCGAGUAUCAUACAUAUUUGCACGAGACCGCGACACUAUAAUCGUUCAACUUCUUUGGUAUUAAAUAUUUAUUGAGUAUUCGAGGUAGCAAAAUAUAUACACCAAACAAAAAGGAAAAAAUCUGUGAUGAACAUAAGAAUCGUAAAUUCUGUACACUAUAAAUACAUUCAGUAUUUUAUAGUUUGAGAAAUAAUUUUAACUAAACAAAAAAGAAAGGAAGGAAAGAAACUAUGAACUGUUUUCAUGAAAAGUAAUACAAUAGUAAAAGUUUCCAUAAAAUUUCUAUACCAAUUGAAUUGAUAAAGGGGGAAGAAAGAUAUUUAGUAAGUGAAAAGAAAUUUUAUAAAGUGAACUCUUUCAUAAGUUGGUUAUGUGCAAUGCCGAGAUGCUGCAAUGAAAACAAGGCAGUGAGUUCGGUGAGCACCAGUCAGAAGCACAAUACAGAGGAUAUUUUGUUAACGCAAACUCGUCCUUUUUCAAUUGGAAAUCAAUUAGAAUUAGAUGACGAUCCACCGAUUGUUGAAAAAUCCCAUAGAAGAGUACGGUGUGAUUUAAGUCCAGUUCCAACAAAUACAAGUACUAAUUUGAGUAUAAAACUUUUAAGUAUUAAGGGGGAGAGAAACAGUCGUCAAGAUCAUCAGGUGAGCACUGGGUCUGGUGGGUACAGAGAAAAGGAAAAAGAAGCUAAAAAGAGAGCAGCUAUAGGCAACACAGUGCGUGGGUUCCUCUCAUCUGGCCACAGCAAGCAGGACAGGUAUGAGACAAAUAGGCAACGAUCUCCAGGCGGAAGUGGCCUGUCAAGUUUGUGUCCAAAGCUGGUGGCCAGUGGAGGUGGAAAUAACCAAGGUGGCAUUAGUUUGGCAGUGGGCCACUUAGCCUCCCAGGAAGGUGGAGGCCCAUGUUCAGUUGUUACCACUCAAAGAAUCCAUAAUCAUACACAUAAUCAUAAACGCCAAAGAAAAUUGUCUAUUGUUCCACAAGCUGGUACUAGUGCUCAUAAUUCUGGUGAUCGGAAGGCAUCAAGUAUAAGUCGUUCCUCUACAACAAUUUGCAAGAAACAAAUACGAACACAGAGGAGUGACCAUAAUACGGAUUCAUUGUCUAUAACAACUAACGGAGUUGCGAGUAAUUCACCUUCUUCUAAAAAGAGAGUUUUAUCUACUCUACGCAUCUCGGAAAAAUCAUCCCCUCGGAAUCUCAAUUCACCAUCUUUAGACAAUGAAAAUGAGCGCAGUUUCAGCGACGCAGAGGAAGCUAUCACUGCGACAGAAAAUGUGUUCAAUGUUCCAGGAUCUAGUUCCACGCCUUCAACACCAAUUAGUCGAGUGAAAUCGAAAAAAUCGGACGAAGAUGAGACGAGUAUGGAAUGUAGCAUCAGUGAAGAAGGUGUUGAAUCGUCGCGGAACACAGCAGACAAGAAACUAUCAUUAGAUACUAGCGAGUCAAAAGUAACAACCCCAGAAUGUUCUGAAUCUUCUAAAAUUCCAAACGUUGUGAGAAAAAUAUCGGCAAAUAGCAUUGAUGAGGAAACAAUUAUACAAAAUAAACAAAAAGUAUUCUCUACAUCUUCCAUGAGCACACGAUGCAAUAAUAAUGAGGGCAGAACCGCCAAAUCUAAAAGUAAGUAUUUCACAGAAAUUCAGAAAAGUAGUAAGAAUUCGACUAAGAUAAACAUAGGGAAAAGUAUAGAUUCGUUCAUGAAAAUCUCCAUAAAUUCAACAGGUAAUAGUAAAAGUAAUGAAGAGGUGAAACGGAAAACGUCCACCGACUCGUCCAAGUCUACCAAUAUGGCAGAAAAAGAAGGUUUGACUAAAGAUUCAGAAGAGGAUGUUGUCGAGGAUAAGGAGAAGGUGGUGAAAAGUUCAAGAUUUGUGACGUCGAAGGUGUCUGAAGAGAUAAUAGACACCGAGGGAAAGGAUAUGGAAACGCAACGGGAAGAAGAAGAGGGAGAAGUGACAAUAUAUGACGAAGAUGACAAUGGCACCAGUAUCAGUGAUAUUGUUGCUGCACAAGCGCUUCAUGAAUCUCUGAGUAAAUUAGGGAAAGUUCCACCUUUGGAUACUGACAUGGAGGAUGUUAAGGACAUGAAUAUCGAGGAUGAGAUCAAGACGGAGAAAGAUUCCCAGAAAGACGUCGUGCAGGAAGAAGCGGUGGAAGGUUUUAUCGGUCCUUUGCUGGACGAAAAUUUUAAAGCGGACGAGAAAUUAUCACAGAAAACUAUGGCCAUGGAGGAAGUUCGAAAUUUAUUGAUGAAAGUGAAAGUUCAAAAUGUAGAAGACGAUGACGAUGAAGAGAAAGCUAUAGGUAUAUCACCGGAUGGUAGAUUCUUGAAAUUCGAAGAGGAAAUCGGUAGGGGCAGCUUUAAGACUGUAUAUAGAGGUUUGGAUACUCAAACUGGUGUGGCUGUUGCCUGGUGCGAAUUACAGGAAAAAAAGUUAAACAAGACAGAAAGACUGAGGUUUAGGGAGGAAGCAGAAAUGUUGAAAGGAUUGCAACAUCCAAAUAUUGUUAGAUUUUAUGAUUAUUGGGAAGUUACACUUACGCGUAGGAAAUACAUUGUACUAGUCACUGAACUUAUGACUUCAGGAACAUUGAAGACAUACCUAAGACGUUUUAAAAAAAUUAAUCCGAAGGUAGUGAAGUCUUGGUGUCGGCAAAUUUUAAAAGGCCUUAGCUUUUUACAUUCGAGAUCACCGCCAAUUAUUCAUCGCGAUCUGAAGUGCGACAAUAUUUUUAUUACUGGUACAACGGGGAGUGUAAAAAUUGGCGACUUGGGUCUUGCGACUCUGAAAAAUCGAAGUUUCGCAAAGAGCGUGAUUGGUACACCCGAAUUUAUGGCACCGGAAAUGUAUGAGGAGCAUUAUGACGAGUCUGUCGACGUUUAUGCAUUUGGCAUGUGUAUGCUUGAAAUGGCUACUAGUGAAUAUCCGUACUCUGAGUGUACUGGACCAGCGCAAAUAUAUAAACGCGUAGUAUCGGGAGUAAAGCCUCAGAGCUAUGACAAAGUGGAAAAUCCAGAGGUUCGAGAAAUCAUUGAAAUGUGUAUUCGGCUAAAGAAAGAAGAACGGCCAUUAGUUAAGGAUCUCUUAAAUCAUGAAUUUUUUGCUGACGAUGUUGGGUUAAAAUUGGAAAUGGUUUCGCGAGAUUCAGCAGUAGCAGACGCAGAACUAUCUCGCGUCGAAUUUCGACUCAGAGUACUGGAUCCCAAAAAACGAACCAACAAACAUAAAGAGAAUGAGGCGAUACAAUUCGAUUUCGACAUCCAAGGAGACAACGCAGAGGAAGUAGCCUCUGAGAUGGCUAAAUCCAGUCUGAUACUCGAGGAAGAUGUAAAAGCUGUAACGAAGAUGUUAAAGUCUCAAAUCACUACUUUGUUACGAGAAAGGGAAGAACGUAAAGCCAAAGAAGAGAAAGAGCGAUUAGAUAGAGAAGCUGAUACCACUACUACAGCUAAUGAAAAUUUAUUGCAACAACAGCUGCUACUCCAACAAAUGCAAUUGCAACAACAACAGCAGCAGAUACAAUCUAACAUGGGCAUUCAGAUGCAAGGUCAAGUACAAAUGCAAUUACAACAAAACCAAAUACCUCUUCAACCACAACAGCAAAUGCAACCUACUGCGCAACCAUCCCAACAACACAGUUUACAACCACAACCUGUUCAGUUAGUCCAACAACAACCGCUAAUGCAGCAACAAACUUCAGUUGUUCAACCCCAGCAAGCACAACAGUUGCAACAAGUGCCCCAAGUAUCUCAGCAACAAGUUCAGUAUCAACAACAACAGUAUCAGCAACAAUUGCAACAGCAGUAUCAACAGCAACAACAGCCAUAUCCCUCACAUGUUUCACAAAAUAUUAACCCUUCUUCAUCGCAAUGUUCUACACCGCAAACUGUACAAACACAACCACAAUUUCCUCAAGUGACUCAACAGAUACAACAGCAACAACAAAUUCAACAACAGCAACAGAUUCAACAACAACAAAUUCAACAGCAGCAACAGAUACAGCAGCAACAACAGAUACAGCAACAACAACAGAUACAGCAGCAACAACAGAUACAACAGCAGCAGCAACAGAUCCAUCAACAGCAACAACAGAUACAGCAGCAGCAACAGCAACAACAGAUCCAUCAACAGCAACAACAGUACAUACAAUUAAAUCAGAUGAACGUACCGCAACAGAUAAGUCAUCAAAUGCAAUCGCAAAUACAGCCGCAGCUACAAUCACAAAUCCAAAUUUUAUCCCAGCAACAGCAUGUGCAAAUGCAACAAACCCAGCAAGUGCAGUAUUCUCAACCACAGGUGCAGCAUGUGCAACAAGUGCCUGUGCAAAAUCAACAAUUUUAUCAGCAAAGUGCUACAGGAACUUCGGGGUAUACUACACAACCUAUAUACCAACAAAAUAUUUCUCAAUCAAUGUAUCAUCCAUACACCACUCCUAAUCCAGCUGGUCAUGUGGAAAUAUUAUCAACAAGUCAGCCUACCACUCAAAUUUAUUCCCAUACAAGCAUACCUGGAAGUGCAGCGCCACCAACUUCGCAGCCUUACAUUCAACAAUCAACAGGACAGGUCUCAGCUUCCGUACCAUCAAGUAUUAACAUUCAAAAUUCAUCGGCAGCAACAAUCAUACAGAGUGCAGCGACUGCUACGAUUCCAAAUAUUCAACCCACACCCACUAUUCUACCCAAUGGCGGGCAUCAAUCACAGCCUCAGCAAAAUGUCUUGGUCCAGAUGCAAUAUUCGCAACCUUCUAGUGUGCCCACAUCCGUAUCUAUGUCAUCUGGAAUGAGUGUCCCUGCACAGUCCACAACAACCACACAGCACCAGCAACAUUUUGUUCCGAGUACGGAUCAAAUCACUGCGGAUAGAUCUUCUUUACCCAAGCAGGAUACAAUGGACUCUGUACAAUCUUUACCAGUUGAUUUACCAUCUAAUGUUCAAGAUCAAGUGAAUUUAACUACUGCUAUAGGCCAAACAGCAGUAGCGAGCGAAGGAGUAACUCAAGAAAAUUCUGAAAACGUUUCUUCUGAAAGGAGCAGAGUGAAAAGGUCUGGUACAAAACGGAAGAAACCUGGUAUUAAGUUGACUGUUUUAUCAGUAAGCAGUAGCGAAGGUCAGUCAGUGACUGUUGAAUGUCAACUGGACACAAGCAAGCAGAAAACAGUGACAUUUAAAUUUGAUAGGGAUGAUAUGGUACCCACUGAUAUUGCUAACAAUUUGGUAGCUGAAAAUCUGUUACCCCAAUCUCAAUGUGAAACGUUCGUCGAAUUAAUAGAAGACAUCGUGAAACAGUUACGUCUGGAUCCCACAAGAGCUUUACCUUUGGUGGCACAUGGUCCUCCAGAUCAAUCAGCUGGUGGUAGCCCAGUUACUAGUCGGCGACCUAGAGAUCGUGACCACAGUCUUGAUACAGCUAAGCAGGUGAGACAUGGCUCGCUAACUCGUCAAAGCAGCCACCGAUCAUCGUACAAAGUCCAUCGUAGACACCGUUCGAGAGACGAAACAUCCAACACUUCUACACCAACGAAAUUGUUGCCGAUUGAUCAGAUUAUUUCUCACAUCACUGGUGGCACCACAGAGAAGCAGCAAAGUGUUCAAACACCUGACAGCCAAGUGGGACUUGAAAACACAUCGGCUGAAGCAUCCAGACGAUCAUCUACCUCCACGCAGAACACAGAUACAUUGACGCCAACUAAUUUACCAAGUGACCCAACUGAUACUCAAGAAACAUUGGUUAAUGUAACCAACUUAGAAGCAGGAUUAGAGCUGCAUAAUGUAUCCAAUGAGGAUAAAUUUUAUCAUUGCACCACAACAUAUACUCAAAGUUCAGUACACGAUACAGCAAUUGGAAACCAAGGAAGCGAGAUGGCAAAAGAAUCUGGGGCUCAAGACGUAACUGAUCUUCAAGAAAGAGAAGCGAACAAAGAAAUACAAGUUGAUACAGUUACAGAGGUAGCUACGCUAACUGCGCCACCUCCAAUUAGAAAAAUCUCUCGGUUUUUAGUUAGUCCUGUAGUCGAACAAAAAAUUCUCACUAUCGAAGACGAAGAAUCCAGCGUAGAAAGUACUGAGAAAGCUAAUAUUUUGGCAACACAAUCAAAUUUAGUAUCUCAAAUUAGUGUAACCGAUGAAGGACAGGCAAAGCAUGACGAAUUAGAGGUAAAUGUAUUAGAAACGCAAGCUGCUGUUCUUGAAAAACCCAGCGUUGAAACUCUUAUACAGAAUACUCAGUAUGUCCCAGAGCAAGUAGAUGCAGUUCAAACGUUACAAUUGGGGCAACAAACAAUCGGUCUGCAGAACACUAUGCAAGGACAAGCAAUGUCAGCUAUGCUACAGAUACAGCCAAACAUUAAUACUAUACAAUCUAGUCCACAUAAUGUGAUCUUACCAGGAUCAACGAUAACACAUCAAUUGCCGCAACAGAUGCAAUCUGUACCUCAGAACAUUAUGGUUACAGUCCAAAAAGAUUUGCAAACACAAACACAAAUUCCUCCCAACAAUGUUAACAUGCAAGGACAAUACCAAAAUCAACCUUUGCAAUGCAAUGUCUUAUUGCAACAGCAACAAAUUCCUAUGCAACACAAUUUAACGCAGAUGCAUGUACAACCUGAACUUCAGCAUCAAGGACAAAUUCAAACUCAACGACCAAUGCAACAAUUCCAUUCUCAACAAAUACCGCAACAGUAUGUGAUACUUUCUGGGCCAAUACAACAGUUGCAACCAGCAGCGAUCGUGGACGAAAGGAAUCGUAGAAUAUCAAAUAUUUCUACUGCUUCAAAUAUGUCCACCGAUUCGCAAAUGUCUGAAAUAGUCAAUCUCACAGACGAUAAAAAGCAACCUAUGGUUGUACCUAGUUCAUCUGUGCACCAUAUGCAGCAUGCUCAACUUAUAGCUCAACCAGAAGGACAGAACGUUGCAACUUUAUCGCAAACUGUACUGGAACCAACGCAACAAUUACAAGGAACUCCUCAAAAUAUAAUGAACGUUCCAACAAAUGCAUCCGUACCCGUUUCAGUUCCUGUUCAACAAGUGAUUGCUACAGAAGUUGCUCCUAAAGUGAUAGUUAAGACAAAAGAAGUGUCCUCAACUCUCCCAGACUUGGCACAAAAUUUAGCGAAUAUACUUUCAAAUCCAAAAUCGAAAUCUGCAACUCCUCACGGUGUAACCAGCCAUGAGCAAAAUCCAAUUACAAACAUCCCAGCAGCUACGGUAUUCGAUAAUAAAUCCACUCUCCAAUCAGAACAGUAUUUCCAGCCUAUUCAACCGGAGGCGAGUCAGAUUCAAAUACCGUCACAGGUACAACACAAUUAUCAACCGAAUAUAGUGCAACCAGGAAUUUCACAAACGUUCCAACAAGUCACACAGCAAUCUCAGCAAACGCAGAUAACUUUGCAACAGACGAUGCAAUUGAAUCCAACGCAACAAAUGGAUCCUCAGCUUCAAAUUAUGCCACAAAAUUUUCAGGGGGUUCAAACUAUGCUGCAAGGCAAAUGGAUCGCUACCCCGAAUCAGAAUAUUAUGCAACAGACUGGGCUAAUAAGACAUCCUCAGCAGACUCAGCAACAGUUGCAACAGACUAUACCUGUGCAACAACCAAUUUUGCAAGAUACUCAAAAUGUGGAAAAUUUUGUUCAAACUGAUCAGUCUCAGCUCCACUUGAAGCUUCAGGAGCAACAAAUUCUAGGCAAAACGUCAGAAAUGGAGACACAGGAAUCGAUCACAUCAACUGGGCGCAUCAGUACUGAAUGUCAUCUGUUAUCGGAAGCUGAGAAUUCUAGCCACGAUGUAACUCCUGAACACACAAUCGUUGAAUCUGUAGAUUCAACAUUGUUUGCACAAAACCAGGCAUUGCAACAACAGCAGCAACAGCACAGGAAACUGAGUCAACAAAAUUCUUUGGAUAAAGUCCCAGAUGCAGUGGUUGGAACAGCUGGUCUGGGUGGACCAGGUCCACAAACGAUAGCAGAUCUUCAUCAGAAACUUGUGCAGCUAACAAGUCAGCCAUCCGAAGCACUCAACGUAGGAACUCCACCUAUUAGUUAUCCAGCUACACCUCAUAACCAUCAAAUAGUAGGUGGAUAUGACGCAUAUAUAAACUCCUUGCAACAAAAGUUGGUUAACAUUGGUAUGCCAAUUUCAACGACACAUGGCGUGGGUCCUCCAUCACCUCAGACAGCAAUACAAUCUUCCACUUCCUUGACCGACCCAAAUGUUCCCACAAACGUCGAAGCUUUAGCUCUAAUUCAAGAUAGUUCCAUCCACCCACUUGCUUUGUCACAAACUCAUGUAGAUUGCUCUUUGGAUAGUCCAACACCAGGAGCAGGUGCUACAGGAUCAGAAACCAUGAGUCCUAGCAAAGAAAGCAUAAAAGUUCGAGCCCAAAGACCCGGAUCUCGUCUCCAAGAAUUGGAACAGGAGUUGGCAAAGAUUCAUCACAGAGGCUCGGUACUUUCGACAGCUUCUCCACAACCGUUGUUACAGUCUACUCAAAGUUUAUUGACCACCGUCCCAUCCACAUCAACUGUGCCAGUUGCUAAUAUUACUCCUAGUGUCAAUACAUCACGCUCUGACACAAACACCCCAGUGCAAAUAGAACCACAGGAAUCUGUAACGGAGAAGGUUAGUACAACGCAACCUGUUAGAAAAAUAUCAAGGUUCGUCGUUUCCAAGGUCGCAGGUCCUCCUAACAAUGCUACUGGACCAAACCAGCAAUCAUAUGCAGAGGAUCCAAAGGUUUACCAUGUGGAGGAAAACCAAGGUACACCAGUUCAAGUGAUUCAUAGUCGUGAAGGUUCUAUUCCACCUACGCAAUCUAUCCAGCCUACUGUUAGUGGUCCUACAAUGGAACAAACGGAGAAAGAUGAAAGAUUUUGGACGUUAACGCCAAGCGAGGAAUAUCAAUUACUCAUAAAAAAACAAACUAUGGAGCUAGAGACGCUGCAAAGAAGACACAGGGAAGAAUUAGAACGUUUCCAGCAACACCAGCUGCAGCUGUUGAUCCAGCAACAACAACAAGCGAGUGCGUUGCAUCAGCAUCACCAUCAGCAUCACCCUAUGCUUUAUCACACUGUCGCGACUAGCUUGGCUGGACAAACUAGACUUCCAAGUACAGAAGACUACUUAAUGUUUAAUACAACGCCCCAAACUCCAUUACAAAAAGCUCCAAGUAAUUAUCCAGACACGGACGAAACGUUACGGUUAGCUAUGCAAAAAUUGAAACAAACUCCUUUGCAACUACAACCACAGCAGGCAACGGCUGGAAUACCGCACGCUUACGUUAUUCCGAUUCCAGUAGUGCCUUCUGAAACUAUGCAGAACAUACCCUCUCAGCAAUCUAGUAGUUACACAAGUGAUAUCGCUGAAUCGUACGACUCUGCGCAUAGUUCCCUUAUAAAUUCGGCCCAAUAUCAGUUCGCGCCUAUAUUACCGGACGGGACGAAUAUCGCUGUGUCCUCCACUGGAUCGUUAGUCACGCCUAUUCCAAUAUCGAGUUCAACAGGUAGCGGUGGUUACAUUCAAUAUCACGAAAACCAAACGUUACCAAAUUUCCAAACAUUCAGCUGUACACCACACGGCGGUUUCUUUUUGCCAGCUGGUUACAGACUGAUAUACGCUCCUCAGCCAGCGUCUCAGUCCCAGCCAGCUACACCGGCAACUCCGCAUAUAGGGAAUUCUCAUGACGGUACGCCGCCGGCGGAACCGUUACACACAAAUACUGAUAAUUCAGCUGCCCCUCCUUCUCACACCGAUCAAUAACGUAAUUUCAAGCAAGCUAUAUUAUUCUCUAUUUUUUCAAUUUAUUCGUUCUUGUAAUGCAGUAACACCCCCAAACUUCUAGCCUAAGCUAAUCAAACGUAUUUCAUUUAGAAAACACGUCCGAUCUAAAAUACUUGCUAAAGAAAGGAAGCAUGUAUACUGUAGAUGUUCUGCAUUUAUAGUACUAUUGUUCGUCCAAAACUCUGAACAGAGAAGCGUUUAAUGAAAUUUAAUGAGAUUUUUGUUUUCUGUAGAUUACAAUGAAGCCUUUAAAAACAUAAAGAAUUAGUACAUAAGUAUUUAUAUUUGCAUAAAUUUCUGCAGUGUACUUAUUGUUAUAAUUAAAAAUUUAAAAAUUACGUCUCCGCAUUCAAAAUAUUUCUUAUUUUUUGGAGUGCGUGUUACUUUAUACUGAACAUUAAAAGAAACGUCAAUGUAUGAGUUUGAGCGUUUAAAAAGUUUAUAAGUUUGGGGAUGUUCCUAUAGAUUCUUAAUUUAAACUUGUUGCCCCUUGUCCACUAGUAUGAGAAAUCAUGCAUUACUAUUACAAUUGUUAUAUUAUAAUAUAGUUUUGCUAAAUACGUAUAUUGCUACCCUCGUCCUUGUUGGAUGUUGUGUAUGCAGAGGGAGGCUCGAAUGAAAGUAUUUAGGAUGUUCUCCGAUGGUAAUGUAACAUCCGUGCGUUAAUCGUUAAAAUAUUCUCAUUGUGUACACGCGAGCACGAUAUUGAUAUUCGAUGAGUGCCUCGCAGCAGAUGUGAGAUAUAGGCUCGUACACAGAGAAUAUUUUAAAUGGAUCCAAUUAUCUGGACGGACGUGAGCAAAAAAGACGAAAGAGAAAAAUAAAAGAAAAGAAUCACAGAUUGGAAGCUGAGGAUAGAGGCCUUUACCUGUACUGUGCUUACAUAGCGAAUAUCCUUGUUUAGUGAGAAAUGCUUAUAUUAAAAGAAGACCCUUUCUGCUCCGAAUUCUUUAUUAGGCACAGUCCACAUUAGUACAGGCCUCAGCUAGUCUUAACGAUCGAAAUGGCGUAUCUUCGCCAUUCUGCUCGAUGUAUAUGUAUAACUGUUAAUGUAUACUGGAUGCUUUGGAGAAAGAGUGUAUGUUCAUGUGUGCAUGUAUGUGACUGUGCAGGAGUCAGACAGAGAAGAAAUAUGAUUAAUAUAGUCACUGUUAUGCUUUAAUGUAUUUCUAGCGAUUUUACCUACUUCUAUUAAAACGAAAAAGUCAUGUGUUACUAGUUAGCAGUCCCAUGUAUCUUGUCUAAUAUUACAUCGAUUUCUAUCUUUUUUUUUUUAGACUCUAUUAUCAAUAUUUUUUUAUUGUCACAUAUUUAAUUUUACGGAAGUUCCGUGUUAUUUUCGCUUCAAAUUGGCGCAUUUCGUUUGGAAAAUCGAUUCCAGAGAUACGUGGCACAAUCCAUUCCUUUCGAAUUUUAAUUUUUAGAAAAUUUAUUGUUCAAUGGUUUCAUUUUGAAUUAUUAAAAUCAUAUCUAAAAAAGAAUUUAAUGGUAAUCGAUCCUAGAUAUUGAGAAUCCAAUUAGAGAAAAAAGGAAAUGAAAAUGCUGAAUAGGAAUAAUGAUGUAGGUAUCAAAUUCGUAACACGUUUUCAAAAACAAAAUAUCAAAAGGGAAGAUGAUAUAACACUUGGAUCACCAGCCAGGAAACAUUUUGACUUUUCAUCUGUGCUAUCACAUAUUGCAUUUUGCAAUAUAGUUAAGAAUAGCUUGUUUGUAUAACUACAAAUAUUACCACUGUUUAUCGAUGAUUAUGAUGUUAUCUUUAUUUCGUUCAAAAUAUGUGCAGUUCGCGCCGCUUUUAAUGUUGCGAGUUACUACUGCUUCUUGCAUGAAUUUAUUAUUGUCAGUAUUAUACUAUUGUACUAUUUUUUCGAACUAAACAUGAAUCUGUUCCGACGAUCUCCUACAAUUACUACAUACAGGUCAUACUGAAUUUCAUAAAUUUCAAUCAGUUCUUUUCAUACAUGCCUUACUUUCACACGUUCAGCAUACUAUUAAUUUUACUAUUGCGUUUCGAAUCGUUCUUGCUUUUUUAUCUUAAAAGACAAAAUAUAUAUAUAACAUGAUCCACCUGGUAAUAAAUUCAUGUGGCUGUUGAACGAAACAUUGUAAUAGAUAAUUGUAUGUAUUUCUUUCAGAAAUACAUUGCAAUUAAUCUUAUACGGUUACUUUUAAAUAAAUUUAUUAGAUAAUACUCAAAGAGAAUGCGUAACUUGUAAUACUUAAUGUACAUAUGUUCAUUUACUGUUAGGUGGAUUGGCUUUUGAACAAAGAAUGCAGUUUCUAUGUUCGAUCGUAAAUAAAACCUGACUAUCU